GCGCUCGCAAACUCACACAAAAAGCGGCAGGUCGACACUCGACGAUGCCUCUCGUGGCGAUUCUCAAAUGUGAUGAGCCAUAAGAUGUAGCGGUGUGUGCAUAACUCAACGCAUCAUGCGUACCCAAGCUUGGCAGUAUCUGUGCAACCAGAAUCGUAUGGCUAAACGGAGUUUCUUGGUGUGCAUCUCUUUUAUUUUGACACUGCAAAGCAGCAUGGUCGGUAGUGCCGAUGAAAGUUUUAGGGCGUCGAUGCAUCACCUUCAAAUGUCCUGUCGUGGUGUUUCGGUAGCGACAUUCGCAAUGCCAGAUUUCUGCGAGUGCUCGCACCGAGGCUGUCAAACCGUUGCCCUUCCUGGUGAUAAGUGCGAUAAGCCCACCCAGGGAAACUAUGCAUCUGGAUGGCUUGAAUCUGGCACCCAGCCGUUCGGAUAUCCGAUCAUCAUUCAAGUCGAGCUUUGCCAAUUCCCGCUGUACCACCGGAGAAAGCAGUAAACCCAUGGAAUUCAUGUGAAGAUGUUCCAGCGAAGACGAUUAUCCCGGUCUGCAGUGGGAUAAACGAGAAUCUGCAAAGAAGGAUAGAUCUAGACACCAUCGAUAGAUCAAACAAACUCCUCUGGAACAUGCGCCUUUUUAAAAGAUCCUGGCUCAUAUGCUUGAGUACACCUGGGUAUAUAGGGACUUUGGGCCGGCCAAGUAUGUGACAACCUGCAGCGUGGCACGGUCGGUCAUAGCGACGUUGCUCUAGGUAGCCUGAUGGCUGCGAAAGAAUCGAAUCGCGCUUACCUCACGAAUCGAACAACAAGUGUUAUCUGGUUGAGUCGUUGUCUGGUCAGAUUCACGUUGUUACUGGACUGUCAGACUGGGAAUCAGAACAUCAAGCAAACUACCACCCUUGAGUAACUUGCUUUACUGGCUAAUCGGUGCGAUGGCGGAGACAAGAUAUGAUUCGAGAUCCGAAGACCAGUGAC